GCGUCAGGACAAUGGCAGAAUUUACUUUGUCAACCACAACACACGGACCACACAGUGGGACGACCCCCGGACCCAAGGGAUGAUCAAGGAGCACCCCCUGCCCCCGGGCUGGGAGAUGAAGUACACCGCCGAGGGAGUCAGAUAUUUUGUGGACCACAACUCGCGCAACACCAGCUUUAAAGACCCCCGACCCGGGUUUGAGUCAGGGUCACGGCAGGGCGGCUCACCGGGAGCUUACGACCGCAGCUUCAGGUGGAAGUACCACCAGUUCCGCUUCCUGUGCCAUUCCAAUGCCUUGCCCAGCCAUGUGAAGAUCUCAGUGUCCAGACAGACUCUGUUUGAGGACUCCUUUCAGCAGAUAAUGAAUGUGAAGCCAUACGACCUUCGCCGUAGACUCUACAUCAUCAUGAGAGGAGAGGAGGGGCUGGACUACGGGGGCAUCGCCAGGGAGUGGUUCUUCCUGCUGUCCCACGAGGUGCUGAACCCCAUGUACUGUCUGUUUGAAUACGCCGGCAAGAACAACUACUGUCUGCAGAUCAACCCCGCCUCCUCCAUCAACCCCGACCACCUCACGUACUUCCGCUUCAUCGGUCGCUUCAUCGCCAUGGUGAGCUUCACUUAAGAAGACUUUCGUUCCUGUCAUGCCUGGGAUUGGAUUUGCUUUCAGGGAUGUUGACGUUCUGUAAAGCUGGACUGUUACAGUGGCUGUGCAGUCCGGAUGCAGCGCUCCCAUACUGACUCAAUAAGACUGAUCUAUUCAAUUCAGUUCUAUGUUUAGGUCUCCACAAAAAAUAAUGUUUAUACAGAGUUGCAGGUAACCAGUUUAUAUUUUAUUUAAUAAUAGAGAACAAUUGGUUUACAGCUUCGUAUUUACUUAUUUCUUGUGAAGAACAGAACAUUUGUCCCAAAAACACAUGUUUACAGUAUGUACUGUUUGUACUAUUAUGUCUCUUUCUGGGAUCAACUCCAGAAAGCUGUAGGUCCCAAACGCCGCACCCCCACCCCUCCUUCUGCCUGCCACCCCAACCCUCACCCACACUAUGACCUCACCACCGCACCCACUCCACACCCGCAGCAGCUGACUAUAUUUAGUACUAAAGUUCACUUUGCUGACGUCCCUUAUAAAGAUGCUUGGUCAACUACACAACCCU